CCUCCUUGGAGACGAAACUUGGUAAAGAACUAAGUUUUUGGUCAUUGGGCCGUUGAUGUGAUUGACGUAUAUGGUUAACGGCCUUCGUGCCGGGAUUGGGGAUGUGUGGGCCAUCGUGCCCCGACUAUGGACGCCGGCCAUCGAGCCGGCUAGCUAUUUUCUUGCAGGUUUUGAAACAUCCCCGUACAGGGGAGGUUCUGUCGAAUUUAUUUACUUAUGGUGUUGUGUUUGUUCUAUUGCUUAGCAGGACCUGUCCGAGCGGAGUCGGAGCACCUAGGCGUUGCGGCUCUACCUGCACCGCACCGACUCGCCACUGCGUCAACUCACCACUGCGCCGCUAUCCUUUCAACUCCGACACCUUAGAGGAUGGAAAACCGUGAGUGGAUGUACACGGGCUUCGCAUGUAGGACCACAGAGUGGGUUCAAAAGUCCAUGGCGUUCUUGGAGCAUGCAUUUGGCGAGGCCGCUAAAGGGUCGAGAAGGAUGCCUUGUCCGUGCAGCAAGUGCAAGAACAUGUCUAGAUUCGAGAAGAGCGAGAUGUGGAAACAUAUCUUCAAGUACGGGUUUGUUGAGAACUAUACCCGCUGGAUCUACCAUGGUGAAGCCAGUCGAAUUAGAGAGGAGGUGGUGAGAGAACGUCUAGAGGAGUAUGAUUGUGAUGGCGGGGUGCCAGACAUGAUGGAAGACGCGCAUGACGCAUAUUUUGGGGAAGGAAUGGAGGACGAGCCAGAGGAAUCCGCAAAAGCGUUCUAUGAGAUGCUCAAAUUGGCACAAAAGCCCCUGCAUGAUCACACAAGGGUUUCGCAGCUGGAUGCCUUGGGAUGCUUGAUGGGGAUGAAGUCGCAGUUUAGCAUGAGUCGAGAGCACUUUGAUUUCACGUUGACAAUUAUUGGCACCCUUCUUCCGGAGGGUCACAUUCUGCCUAAAAACACGUAUGAGUCAAAGAAGCUUCUUCGUGCACUUAAGAUGCCGUAUGAGCAGAUUCAUGCAUGUAAGGAAGGGUGCGUCCUGUUCAGGGGACAUCUUAAGGAAGCAACACACUGUCCGAAAUGCAAUUCCUCUAGGUAUGUUGAGGUAAACAGUAGUGGUGGCAGCUUACAACAGAGCCAUAUCCCCCAGUAGUGGUGGACAAGUGGCUCUCAGAGGAGGCCUAUGCGAAGCACAUGGAGCGUCGGGAGUGCCGCUUGCAGAUGCCUGGGUUGCCACACCACCAGGGCCCACAGCCCCUCGCCCAGAACGCCGAGAGAUGGGUAUAUUACUUGUGUUAUUCAUUUUUUAAUUCUAACGCUCAAUUUUCAUUACUUGUGAUCGUCUUUGUGUUUUCCUCGCAGUCACGGUCGCACGAGAACCGAGAGUGCAACGAGUACUU